AAAUGUAGUAGCUGAACUCAUGUGUUUCUCGCGAUAAUCCCUGUUGUUUCAGGUGGAGUUGAGAAAAAAUUCUGGAAACAUGGCGGUCAGCAUCCGAGGCCGUCCGUCCCGAAGCAUUCGGAUGCGAGGUCGGAAUGACAGUGGGGAGGAAAAUGUACCGCUCGAUCUUUCCAGAGAUCCCUCCGAGAACCUUCGGGAGAUCCUUCAAAAUGUUGCCAAGCAACAAGGAGUCUCCAAUAUGCGCAAGCUUGGCCACCUGAACAACUUCAUAAAGCUUCUCUGCAAUGUCGGUCAUUCAGAGGAGAGACUUGGGUUGACAUAUGAAGAAAUAAUUGUUUGCCUACGUCUGGCGCUGCUGAACGAGGCUAAGGAGGUGCGCGCGGCCGGCCUGCGUGCGCUGCGCUACCUCAUCAGGGACAGCAACAUCCUGGAAAAGGUCCUCAGGCUACAGGUGGACUACCUGAUCGCCAGGUGCAUAGACAUCCAGCAGAAUAACGAGGUGGAGCGAACACAGGCGCUCCGGCUGGUGCGAAAGAUGAUUACUGUGAAUGCGCUGCUCUUCCCUUCCUCCAUCACCAACUCCAUCAUCGCCGUGGGCAACGAUGGGAGGCAGGAGCGAGACCGCAUGGUGCGCGCCUGCAUCGCCAUCAUCUGUGAGCUUGCCCUGAAGAACCCCAUGGUGGUGGCCCAGAGGGGAGGCCUCAGCACCCUCCUGAAGAACGUCAUCGACUGCCAGCUGAGCCGCAUCAACGAGGCCCUCAUCACCACCGUCCUGCACCUCCUCAACCACCCACACACUCGCCAGUUUGUGCACUCCGACGUGGAGCUGGAGCAAAUACUGGCACCCUACACAGACUUCCACUACAGACACAACUCGGACACAGCGGAGAGCCAGCUGAAAGAGGACCGUGAGGCGUGCUUCCUGGCUAGUAAGAUGUCCAUAGUAGCUUCCUUCCGCUCCUGGUCAGGCAUCAUUAACCUGUGCAAGUCAGGCAACUCUGGAAUACAGUCUCUGAUUGGCUUGCUCUGUAUUCCAAAUAUGGAGGUGAGGAAAGGCCUGUUAGAGGUCAUGUAUGAUAUCUUUCGUCUCCCUGUGCCAGUUGGAACUGCCGAUUUUCUAGAAGCACUUAACAGUGUAGAUCCCAGCAGGUUUCAAGACAGCUGGAGGUUGUCAGAUGGUUUCGUUGCUGCUGAAGCGAAAAUAAUCCUUCCACACCGAGCACGCUCAAGGCCUGACCUCAUGGAUAAUUACCUGGCUCUAGUCUUGUCGGCCUUCAUCAAGAGUGGACUGUUAGAGGGUCUCGUUGAGGUGAUCACCAGCAGUGAUGACAACAUCUCGGUACGAGCCAUGAUUCUCCUGGGCGAACUCCUCCACAUGACCAACACCAUCCUCCCACACAGUCACAGCCAUCACCUGCACUGUCUGCCCACUCUCAUGAACAUGGCCGCCUCCUUCGACAUCGCACAGGAGAAGAGACUACGGGCGAGCGGAGCGGUGAACCAGCUGAAGUGGUUUCACGAGAGGAAGAAGCGAAGGCCGAAACCCCACAGCCUGUAUCUCGACCACAUCGUCCUCAAGGCCGCGGCGUCGCAGCACUGUCGAGAGCAGCACUUCAGGCCCCAGAGAGACAUCAUCAAGGACACAGAAGAUUCCUUGUUGACGCACCUGAGAGACAGCCACAUCCUGAACCACAAGGAGAACCUGGACUGGAACUGGGUCCUCAUCGGCACCAUACUGAAGUGGCCAAAUGUUAGCCUGCGUAGCAAUAAGGAUGAACACAUGCACAAGUUCGUGCGGCGGCUGCUGUACUUCUACAAGCCCAGCAGUAAGCUGUACUCCAGCCUGGAGCUGGACCACCCCAUGGCCAGACAGCUCACCGUGGUGGGCUGUCAGUUCAUUGAGUUCCUGCAGGAGUCUGACGAGGAGGGCCAGGGUUACCUGGAGGAGCUGGUGAAGGACAUCGUCCACUGGCUGGCCUCCUCCUCUGGCCUCAAGCCCGAUCGCGGUUUCCAUAGCAACGGCCUGCUGACUACGCUCAGCCAGCACUUCUUCCUGUUCCUGGGCGCUCUCUCCGCCCACCCGCACGGCGUCAAAACGCUGGAGAAGUGCAGCGUCUUCCAGUGCCUGUUGAACCUCUGCACCCUGAAGAACCAGGACCCGCUUCUGAAGCUGACCGUGUCCACCCUGGACUACAGCCGCGACGGCCUAGCCCGCGUCAUCCUGUCCAAGAUCCUCACCGCAGCCACGGACAACUGCAGGCUGUACGCCACCAAGCACCUGCGGGUUCUCCUGAGAGCCAACGUGGAGUUCUUCAGCAACUGGGGCAUCGAGCUGCUGGUGACUCAGCUCCACGACCGCAACAAGACCGUCUCCAUGGAGGCCAUGGACAUCCUGGAUGAGGCCUGCGAGGACAAGGCCAACCUCCACGCUCUCAUCCAGAUGAAGCCAGCGCUCACACACAUGGGAGACAAAGGCGUGUUGCUGCUGUUGCGGUUCCUGUCCAUUCCUAAGGGGUUCUCCUACCUCAACGAGAGGGGGUACGUCACCAAGCAGCUGGAAAAAUGGCAGAAGGAGUACAACCUGAAGUAUGUGGACAUGAUCGAGGAGCAGUUGAACGAGGCUCUCACCACCUACCGCAAACCUGUGGAUGGGGACAACUACGUUCGCCGUAGCAACCAAAGGUUACAGAGGCCAAAUGUUUAUCUUCCUGUGCACUUAUAUGGCCAGCUUGUUCAUGAUAAGACAGGCUGCCAUCUACUGGAGAACCAGAACGUGGUUCCUGACCUGAGCUACACAGUUCGCUCCCCGAUGCUGGACCAAUGGGAGGACAUUAAGCAGCUGAAAGCCGCUCUGUGGGCAUUGGGCAACAUCGGGUCGACCAACUGGGGUCUGAACCUGCUGCAGGAGGAGGGCGUGAUCCCGGACAUGGUGGCUCUGGCCCAGCACUGUGAGGUCCUGUCUGUCCGGGGGACGUGUGUGUACGUGCUGGGCCUGAUCGGGAAGACCCGGCAGGGCUGCGAGCUGCUGAAGCAGCAGGGCUGGGACGCGGUCAGGCACGGCCGGAGCACGCCCUGGCCCGUGGUCCCCGAGGAGGUGGAGCCUCACCCCGCUGCCCCGCUGUCGUCCGGGCCCAGCACCCUCAGCCUCACCUCCGAGUCCACCAGCUCCCAGCACAACAGCGAGAGCGACUCCACGCAGCCCAGUGUGUACCUCCUGGAUGACGAGAGGCAGGACCCGUCGGAGCCCCCCCUCUACAUCCGCCCCAAGCUGCUGAAGGACCGCAUCCCCUUCACCCUGCUGGCCUCCAGCCGCUUCCGCACCCGCCUGCUGCACUCCCUCUCGCUGUCCGGCAAGAAGCUCCGCAGCGGCGACGCCAAGCCCGCUGGCCAGGGCCGCGGCCCGGAAGGCAAGCCCGGCCGCAAGCGCACCGUCACGGAGCCCUCGUACGGCCUCGGCACCGCCGACGUGUUCCCCGUCUGCGACGAGGGCGAGGGCCGCCUGGCCGACAGCCCCUCGGUGUCCCUGGAGACGUCGUUCGUGGGCGUCAAGUCCGCGGAGGGCCGGGGAAGCACGCCCAGCAUCGGGGAGGGAAAGGGGGGGGUGGUGGUGGGCGGGACGGGGGGCCUGGGGGCGGGACAGCGGGAGAGGAGCAGCCGGGAGCGUCUGGGGGGAGAGGGGCCGGCGCCGGGCGGCGGGGCUCACUUCAAGAGCCGCAGCCAGAGCUUCAACACGGACACGACCACCAGCGGAGUGAGUUCCAUGAGCUCGUCGCCCUCGCGGGAGACGCUGCCCUCCAGCAUGGACACGGACUGCGUCAGCCUCAACACCGUCAUCAGCGCCCGUGCCGUCCAGACCCUGCCCUCCCUCUCCCCCCCCCGACAGCCCGACUCCUCCCCCCUCCCCAGGCCCAACGGCGCCGCCCUGGUCCCUCCUGGCUCCUCCCACACCCUCCCACGCCGUGCCCAGUCGCUCAAGUCGCCCUCCGUCGCCACCCUCAGCAGCCUGACGGACUGCGGGCUCACGUACUCCAGCUCCAGGGACGCGCUGGGCUACGCCACGCUGAAGUACGCCAGCUGUCGCGACGCGCUGGGCUACGCCACGCUGAAGAGGCUCCAGCAGCAGAGGCUCCACCCCUCGAUGUCCCACAGCGAAGCGCUCGCAUCGCCCGCCAAGGACGUCCUGUUCACCGACACCAUCACCAUGAAGACAGGCAGCCUGGACUCCAGGCUCACCCCGCGAAGGGUCCUGAAGGCCCUGAGCUUCGCCUCCCUUGACAAGGAGGAGCUUCUGAGCCCCAUCAGCCAGAGCUCCCUGCAGCGCUGCUCCUCGCUGCGCUCCAUGGUGUCCUGCUCCUACGCCUCCUCAGACGACUACAUCGGUCUGGCGCUGCCUGUCGACAUCAACAACAUGUUCCACGUCAAGGAGACACCGUACUUCCAGAAGAGGACCAGUCCUCCCUCUGAGGACGGAUCUGCCAAGUUCUUCUCUGGAGACUCAGAUGGCCCCAGUGACGGGCAGAGACGCGCGGGGCUGCGCUCCCAGCUGAGCAUCACAGAGCUGAUGGCGGGGAGCCGGGCUGGGCCGCCGCUGGGCCCAGAGGAGACGGGCCUGCAGGAGCACAGCGACGACAACUGCCUGUACUGCACCGGCCUGGCUGUGCUGGGCUUCCACGCUCACGCCAGCAACCCGGACCUGACCGAGGUCCCCGCUUUCUCCGAGUGGUGCAGUCCGCCUGUACAGAACAACCCGGAGGUCAUGGGCCAGUCCACGCUGUCGGGGGUGUCCGGCUGCAGCGAUGCUGUUUCUCAGGACUCUGCAGGAAGCACACACAGCACCGAACUGGUUCUGGGAGUGAAGUCCAUCCCAGAGGAUGCCCCCACCGGCAGGGUGCUACUGAGGAAGGAGGUGCUGCGGCUGGUGAUUCACCUCAGUUCCUCUGUGGGCACCAAGGGCCACGAGACCAACCUGCUAACGAUCAAGGAGAAGUUCCCGUAUGCGUUCGAUGACAUCUGCCUGUACUCUGAGGUGUCCCACCUGCUGGCCCACUGUAUGUUCCGUCUGCCCUCACGACGCUUCAUCCAGGAGCUCUUCCAGGACGUGCCCUUUAUCCCGAUGUAUGAAGAGGCAGAGAGCAUUCUGUCCUUGCCGCCAAAGAACAGCCUGGCCGACGCCCCCUCCAGCCCAUAACUAACCCUGCAGCUUCCCUCUCAACCUGUGGAGGCCUCAGUCACCCCCCCUCAGUCACCCCCCCUCAGUCAGCCCCCCUCAGUCAGCCCCCCUCAGUCAGCCCCCCUCAGUCACCCCCCCUCAGUCAGCCCCCCUCAGUCAGCCCCCCUCA